CAGCGUAUUGAGGAACUAACGUGGGGAGCAUUCAGGAAUGGGGCCGAGGGAUUCCGCGGAGGUCUGAUUAAAGGAGGAGCCUCGGGCUUUCUCCAUGUUUGGAGAAUUAAUAGGUUAUCUCAAGGCAUCUUUCGCCACCCGCUGUCGGGGUGUGCACUCUGAUGAUGAGAGAUUCCAGGGGAUAAACAGUGAAUAAAUGGAAAUGCCUCUCCUAAAGCCCUGAUGGGCUGUGAGGGGCGCUGAAAUCCUUGAGCUGUUCUGCUCCUGUCCUGACCCCAGGCCUUAAGAACGUCCAGGUGAGUCCCUCGGUCCAUCUCCAGUGGAGUUGUUGCAGUGAGUAUGGGGUAUGUGUGUGGAAGGGUGAGGGUUAUUGCUUUGGGGUUGCUUCCUCCUGAACUUCCAAGCGUGAGCGUAAGGUUGGGAUGGGAUGGGGUGGGAAGAAAAAGGGUUAGGAUCUGGAGAAAGGGGAUGGUUUCCAGGCAGAGUGAUUUUACUUUGAUCCAGGAUUCUGAGCUGGGAGACAGGUAGAUUGUAAAUCUCACUGAACUGAGGUCCCUCUGUUAGUGACAGAGUUUGUCAGAGAACUCCUGCCUUUCUGAAGCUUGUUUAUCCCAUUGUCUCAUUCUAGUGGCUUUCAAACUUUUUUGACUCUGGUCCACCAUAUGAAAUUAAUUUAAUUCACACCUAAUACACUCACACUAUAGAUAUUCGAAUGAAACCGAAGUUUCAUAAAAUAGUGCUGGAUCUCUUCUACAUAUAGUACCUGCUGCUAUUUUCUAUUUUUUAAAUGCUCAUCACACAUGCUGGUUAAUUUAUGUUUAAUUGGAACAACCCCAGGUACCAGUAGUUUGAACUAAACUUUUUAAACCAAAGUAACCCUUAAUGUGAGACAAAAACAUAUACUUUGUAACCAAUUAUGUUUCUUAUGCCCUUUCCCCAUCAUUUAUAGGUAAACAGAUGUAGCCAUGACAUUCACUCCGGAGGCAUUUAAGAGUACUGAAGAAAUGGAAAGGAAACAUAAUAGGGUCUGAUCAGCGUUUGAUUCUGUGAAACAUGGUAGAAUGGUGCUUACCUCAAGAUAUUGACCUUGAAGGUGUUGAGUUCAAGUCUAUGGCCAGUGGGUCCCAUAAAAUUCAAUCUGAUUUCAUCUACUUUCGAAAGGGGCCCUUCUUUGGCCUGGCCUGCUUCGCCAACAUGCCUGUGGAAAGCGAGCUGGAGCGUGGCGCACGAAUGAAGUCUGUGGGUAUCCUGUCCCAUUCCUACACCCUGCUUUACCGGUACAUGCACUUCUUGGAGAACCAGGUUCGACACCAGCUGGAGACACCAGGACAUUACUCUCACCUGGCUGCAUUCUAUGAGGACAAGAAAGGGGUGCUCCAUGCUGGCCCUGGGAAAGGUAGCAGCCUGCCCCCUGUCUACUGGCUGCCUUCCAUCCAUCGCUACAUGUACCCAGAGAUGAAGAUCACACACCCAGCUGGCUGUAUGUCUCAGUUUAUUAAGUUUUUCGGGGAGCAGAUCCUCAUUCUCUGGAAGUUUGCCUUACUUCGGAAGCGCAUUUUGAUAUUUUCUCCCCCACCUGUGGGCGUUGUGUGCUACAGAGUGUACUGCUGCUGCUGCUUAGCCAAUGUCUCUCUGCCUGGCAUCGGGGGGACCAUUCCUGAGUCCAAGCCUUUCUUUUAUGUGAACGUGGCUGACAUCGAGAGCCUGGAGGUAGAGGUGUCCUAUGUGGCCUGCACCACGGAGAAGAUAUUUGAGGAGAAGCAGGAGCUGUAUGACGUCUACGUGGAUAACCAGAAUGUGAAGACACACCACGACCACCUGCAGCCCCUGCUGAAGAUCAACAGUGCUGACAGGGAGAAGUACCGGCGGCUCAAUGAGCAGAGGCAGAUGCUGUUGUACUCCCAGGAAGUGGAAGGAGACUAUAAUCCUUGUGAAGAGGACCUCUUUGUGCUGUUUUUCCUAGAGCAAAACAACCGGAUAUUCCAGACUUUGUUGGAGGUAUCUGCCAGUCAGGACAAAACUCUGACAGCAGAGCAUGCCCGGGGCAUGGGCCUGGAUCCCCAAGGAGACCGGAGCUUUCUUAUGGACCUGCUGGAAGCCUAUGGCAUCGACGUGAUGCUGGUCAUUGACAACCCCUGUUGCCCAUAGGAAGAGUUACAUGGGGACUGGCAAGCCACUCAAGUGGGGUGACAACAAUUUGUAGUACACCCCAGGCCCCCAAUUGGCCUCAUUUUUUUUUAUUAAGUUGACAGAAAGGAAGAUUGUUUAUACUUUGUCACAAAUGUAAUUUUUGCAAUUUCCUUUCUUCCCUUUUCCCUUAGGGGUAAGAGAGACUGCCUUGGUUUUGCAUCCUGCUUUUAGGACAUUGGAAUCUCUUCCCAGAGCUGUUGGUUCUUUGGGUUUAGUCUUAGAAAUUCUGUCAUUAAGAGCAGGCUGAGCUCUAGAAACACUGGGGUGAACUGCUCAGAUAGUCUCUAUGUCCUUGUCCCUUGAUUUAUUCAAACAUAAGACAACCAUCUGUGCAGAGUGGCCUUAGAUAUUCAUCUGCCUAAAGGCAGGAACUACCCAGAUGACCUUUCAAGGUAUCAGAUUCUAGGAGUCGGAGUGUUGGGAUCAAAUCCCUUUUCCUGUUCAUGAAGGCAGUAUGUCUUCUCUGUUCACUUGAGUAGAGUGAACAGAGAGGGACAAAAACAUGUUUCUCACCACAUAUGAGCUCUAAGGACAGCUGAAAGUUAAAAUUACAGAAUGAAGUUUUGAAACCCUUCUCAAAGUAAGUGAAUUGUGGUCAGUCAAUACAAUGUUCUUUCUGUAAUCAUUCUCCUUCCCACUACCCUGAAUGGUUGGCAAAUUCCUCAGGGCUGGUGUUGGCCCUAGAGCUUGGAAGAAAACUAACUGUACAAUUUAGUUUCUUAAGGGAUAAAUGUCCUCCUGGAGUAACCUGGAUAUUUGUCAAGGGCAGAGCAGUGCAUGUCUAAGCAGGGUAGAGAAGAAGCUGUAAGUUUUUUUUGCCUGGACUUGGGUUCUAUGGAGCCACUGCCCACAGCCCCUCUGGGACAGACACUGGAUUUCAUAUCUAGCCAGGAUGAGCUGGUUGACUCAGAAGAUGAAGCAUGUUGUUAAAAAGACUGUUUACCAAUUUGGAGCCCUCACAAACAUCUCUUUAGCAGAGGUGACAUUCCUUAGGCUAAGUAAUUAGGUUCAGAGAUCUAACAGAUUUGUUAGAGAGAAAAUGUUGCAGUGCCUUCUCUUUGGAGAGUGGUCCACAACCUUCAGUGUCAGUGAUGAUGGCACCUGCUUUCUUAAAUGUUUGGUCUGGGCAUGGCCCUAGAGCCACCUGCCAGUUUCCUUGGUCUGGGUUACUUGAUGACUACCAGUUUGGAUGAGAGGGCAAUUGUUAACCAUAGUCAGAAAGCCUGCUUUUGUGGGUAGAGUAUAGGUUUUUUGGCUAUACUUAAGAAUUUCGACUUGGGAUCCUGGGUUGUUGAUAACAAAGAAUUUCUUCCCAUGCACCCUUCCUGCCAGGCUGUUACUGGAUGUGUCAGUGCAUCCAUGUCUGUAACCAACACAGAGCCAGGCUAACAUCCCCAGCAGAGAGAAAUAACCUCUAAAUGGAUGGGUCAUGGUUCCGUCUCAAUUCUGGCUUCUUAGGGCUUAUUGCUUAGCUCAAAAGUAUUUUCACUGUAGCUCCUUGAUACAGUAUUCAAGAGUGAAGAAAUCCAUACGUGUGGAAAUGCAAAUGGACACUGACUAAUCAAGGUAGCAUCUUUUAUGUAAAUAUAUAAAUAGGUUUGGGCACUGAACUGUAAACUGUGCAACUAACACAUUUUCCUCCUUUGCGGUGUAGGUUUAGCCAUCCAGUAACAUGUUUACGAAACACAUCUGUUUAUCAGCGAAGGUUUUGCCUGGUCCCCUUUGUGGGCUACCCUUUCCUCCUUGUUCGCAAGGCUCAGUGGGUGCUUUCUUACUAGGGUCAAGUAAUAGUGGUGUCCUAGGGCUCAGGGUUUUCUGAGUUGGGAGUGGGUGGCUAGAAAUGGCCAUCGUCGUGAAAGGAAAGGCCUGAUUCUCCUGGAGAACACAGGCAGACCGUUUCUCUGGAAUUGGGGGACUUACUAGAAGGACCGUUUCUAAGCACUCCUGCCCCAGACCCUUCUAUGUGCAAACACUUUUGUUGCCUGUGAUGUUUUAACUGUAAGCAAGGGUGAGAAAGAGGUUCCUGUGAUGCCCUUUGAAUGGUGAGUCAGGGCCAUGGGCUUCUAACUAGGCAGCUGUCUGAUAUCUCCUGUGUCUUCCUCAUGCUCAUGCAGAGGGCUGUGGUGUGAGCAGCCCUGGAGGGGAGGGUACUAAUGAGGCAGUGGUGCCCACUUUUAGGUCAUAAGGCACGGGCUCAAUCUCCCUCAGUCCUUCCCUACCUUGCCAACUUCCUCAUGGGACCAGAAAUAUGGUGCACCGCCUCUGCUUGGCUGAACAGAAUUCAUGUUAGCUCUUCACCAACCUUUGUCACUAUCAUGCUCAGAGUUGUCAAAGAAGUGGUGCCUCUUGCUUCCCACGUCACCUUUCAUACCAGGCUCUGGUCCCCAUUCAGAAGUUAGCAGACACAACUCAGUGCCAUUUGCUGCCAGAUGCUUGUAAGGGGGAUUCAUUUGUGAAGUAGUAGGCAGCACUCAACAGUGACAGUGGAAGCUAGGAGUCACAUGGACUUGCAUUUCUGUCACUUUGGAAUGUUCUCUGUAAAAAGCAUCUGCUUUUGUUUGGAAGAAGUUAGCAAACACCCUUUGCAGCCUGUAGUUGUAGAAGCUCAGUAGGGGGAAGAUGUUUUUACCACCGUUGGCCUCCAGGAACAGGGUUAGAAAAUUAGUGUGUGUCCUUCCACCCCUCUACUGGUGGCCAUCAUCUGGCCCUGUCAGCACAGCGCUUCUGGGGAGCUCUAAGUCUGACUGAUCUGCACCACACUGAACUGUGCACUAAUCUGGAAAUGAUGCUGGGCUGCCCCAUUCCUGACCAAGUGAAAAGAAAGACCUGGUAGCAAGAAUCAUUGUGGAGACUGGAAUUCAGGUGUUGGUUUGUUGACAUCCAUGUUAAAUAUAACAAAAGCCUGUUAAAGUGAUUGUCUUUAAUUGUGUAGGCUUAGCAGAUGGUAAUACUCAGCCUUUAGGACAACGUCCAGUUGUUGCCUGGCUUAGGAUUCUUUUUCUAGAAGAGAUAAGCAGAGCUUAUCUUCUACCACACUAAAAAGUGUGGGCCAAAUCAUUGCUUAGCAUUAACUCUGGCUAAACAUGCAGCCUUGCUGAUACCUGGUAUGGAUCCAUUCCAGUGUCAGUUUCCUACCUGGACUUGUUUGGUCCUGUCAACUAUGAGUACAGUCAUUGGGAGGCACCUGUCUUCCACACCUGCCAUCCACUCUAGCAUCUCUUCUUCCAUCUGGCUCGGAGAGAGAAGCUGAAUUCAUGGAUGUAUCAAGAAAAGUAAUUUAGCAAAGAAACUUGUAACUUAUCUUGUUAUAAAACACAUGAAAAUCAGUUCCACAUGUGAAGGUUCAUUUGUUACAUAACUCCCUAUGAUAUUAUAGCUGGAAGAUAAAGUAAAUUAAGUCAUAAUUAGAUCACUCUUGUCAUUCUGGUGGUGAGGAGGAUGAACUUACUACCCGUCCUUAUGUACUGAAAGCCCUUCAAACACAGGGAAAAGGUGAAGUUAUUCACCUCUCCAGAGGCCUUCAGGGAGCCUCAUGUAAAGGGUGGUUGUGAAUUAACCUUGUAUUGGCAGGGACCUCAGGGACUGUUUCUCUUUGAAACUGCACAACCCAGAAAAUGAGUUGAGAUGCUUUCUCUAGGUCCAGUGUAGAUCAUGCUUGGAGAGGUAAAGGAGGGAAUGGAAGGUGGGGAUGAAUAAAAUUACACAAUAAUGCUCAGUUCACAGUGAGCUUACCUUAGGGGUAAGAACAGUUCUAAAACAGCCAAGAAAUUUAAUAUGGAAACCAAAUAUUCUGGUAUCUCCUUUAGGUUUCAGGCUCGUAGGCUCUGAACCUGAAAGAAGUCCAGUCCUUCCAUCUCCAGCCCAGCAGCUCAUCAUUACACCCUGUGGCGAGAAUCCUGCAAGCCCAUAGGGUUACCCUGGCAGGCCUAGUCUCAUUCCUUCUCAUUUCAGAAAACCCUUUUCUGAUUCAGGUAGGGGAGGGGAGGAAUUAAGGGCUCCUUUUCAACCCAAGUCAUGUAUUUUUUAAAAUAUCUUUAUUACUAAUAUACCUCUAUUCCCAGGAACUAUUGGAGCACUCAGUGUUGUGGGAAAAGGCUGUGAAUUAAGUUAAUGUUUUUCUUGUAAGAAAUGGAAGUUUAUUUUUAUAUUGAUGUUAUUAUGUGAUGGAUUAAGUAUAAAAAUGUUGAAAUGGAAGGAAAUUUCAAAACUAUAACCCUAGAAGAAACAGGCAGCUUUAUAAUUUAGUAGCAGCCAAGGCCCUUAAAGCUUUACUAUCUGAAUGUUUUGGAGCACCAUUGUGCUGUGUGCACUCAGCAGCACAAUGAGAUCAACUCAAGAAGCCCAGGAAGGCCAACACACAAACACAAACCUAAGGAAACUCUAGGACAGAAGAGGGGAAACAUGAUCUUUUGAUUAUUACACCUCUUCAUCAACUGGAGAGAGGUGGGAAUGGGAGGGAGUUCUGUAACUGGCACUUUUUAGGGAGCUGGAAUUGAGAGGCGCAGUUGGAUGACAUUACAAAUUUAGAAAGGAAAUAGGAAAUUUCUAGUUCUAUGUGGAGUGCUUUCAUCUUUUUAGACUUUAUUCUAGAAUUUCAGCAUAAUGAAUUUCAACUGGGAUGACCCAAGUUCAGAAAGUUGAUUUAGCACUAUAGGAGAAUAGUUGUGAAUUACUUAUGUUUGUAGCAAAAUGAAUGCCUGCUCAAAUGAUAAGUUUACUUUGCUUUCCAAGGAGAGUUGGGAGAUGUGGGGCAAGGUAGGGUAUUAUAAAUUGGCCAGAAAUGAUCCAAAUGAAAAAUCCACACAGAGGUAAAUUGAGUUAGCCGGAUGAAAUAUAUUUAAUUGGCAUUAGAGUGAAAACCCCUUCGAGUAAAUUAAGCAAACACCAAGUAUAUAAAAAAAAUCAGGAAAACAAAGUUUGGGUCGUCGUGCCGACAAUGGCCCCUGAUGAGGAAUGGCAGGGAUGCUGCUGCUGAGAGGCCUGGGUGGGCUGACAUGAGGGGUUGAGGGCUGAGGCAAACAAUGAACUUCCUAAAUAUGUAAACAAAUAUAAACAAAAUAGUUUAAAGCUUGGAAAUCCUAUUUUCCUAUUUUUUUCCAUGUUAGGCUCAACAUAGUGUUCCUGUUGCCUUAAAUGUAAAAACCCUGUUUUGAGUAGUACCCCAUCCUAAGAGUUACAGCAAUAAGGAAACUGAAUCUAUUUUUGUUUGAAGUCAUUACCUCAUGUGAUGAAAUGAGAAAGACGGUUCUUAAGUUUUGCCCUGGAUACUACUGCAGACAGGUGUGUUGUUCUCACACGCUGUCUUCAGUGGUGGUCAUUUAAAGGCCUGAAGAAAACUGGGGUUAAUCCUGAGGCUAAGAGUAAAUAUUUCUUGAAUUGCUUUUGUUUGGCAGUACAAAUAACAUCCAUGUAUAUCAUAUCUGUAAAUAUCUGAACCAAGUUGUGUGCAGAGAGGUUAAUAUAACUAUAUUUACAGAAAACAGUUUUUACAAUUAAAGUCCACAUUUUAACAUGAGCUUGUGUUCUGUGAUCCUUCACCUAGUCGAUGUGGUGUGUGGUAGGAAAGAAUGAUGAUGUCUAGCCCAUGAGUAGAAUCUAUGGGCUGAAAGCUGCCUUUAUUUACAAUGACAUGGAGGAGACUGGGGAGGUCCUGCCCUUCUCUGAGGCUGUGGUAUGGACAAACAUUCUCCAGGAAAUGGAAGCCCACGUUGAGACUAAUACACCAUUUAGAAGAGCCAAGGCUCUGUCGUCUCAAUCACAAGAGAAAACUUCUAGAAGCAGCCUUUGUUUCACAAAAUGUCUUGCUAAAG